AAAUAAAAAUUAGUCUCCCUCCAAAUUCCAACUCCAAAGCAGCCAAGUCCCAACCCAAUCACAGAGAUUUCAUCCCAGAAAAUCUAAACUCGAAACUCCGACUCCAUUGUUGCACCAUCACCAUGUCAAAUCGCCAAGAUGAUCUCGACCUUCUUCUUUCUCUUCAAGACCGCGUUUUGGAAACUCCCCCUGCUUCUCCUUCUCGCCCCCAUUCCCCUGAGUAUACUUCAGAUGAGGGAUCCCCGAGCAGAAGCAGAAAAGGGCAGCCGGACAUGUCCGUCUUUAGGGAAGCUGUUCUAGAUUGUCUUGAUUAUGAACCCAACCCAGUACAAAAGGCUUCCAAAUCGACCCAGACUAAGUAUUCCAAUGAACCCGGGGUUGAGAGGUUUUCGGGUUUACGAAUUAGGAAUGAGUUGGUGACUCCUACCGAGCUUAGGAACCAUUUCUCAGACAUUCGUUUCGUUCGGUUAUCAACUAUAAAGAAUUUGUUGAUAGGGGAUACUCUUUCUGGGUGUUGGGCAACAGUUGGAGUAUUGGCUGAGAAGGGAAAUCCAAGGACUAGCUCUACAGGGAAGAGCUACUGUAUAUGGAAAAUUGGGUGUUUGGAUGAAACUACUGUUUCAUUAUUCUUGUUUGGUGAUGCUUACAUAAAACUCAGUAAAGAGCAAGCUGGGACGGUGUUCGCUCUAUUUAACUGUACUGUGCGCAAAGAUUCUAUGGGUUUCUCUUUGAGUCUGUACUCGCCUAAACAAGUGUUGAAGAUUGGUACUUCAGUUGAUUAUGGAGUUUGUAACGGGAAGAGGAAAGAUGGAGUUGCUUGUACAUCGGUCAUAAACAAACGUCGCGGGAAAUAUUGUAAAUUUCAUAAAUCGAAAGAAUCACAGAAAUAUACCACCAUGCGAAGUGAGCUGAAAGGAGGGAACAUCAGAACAGCGUUUAGGGAUCCACUCAGAUCAGAAGGGGUUUACAUGGUUGAUCCACUGGCUGAUAAAACAAAUUUAAGGAAAUCCAAGCAACCUAUGAAACUAUUGUCUGUUGAAGGACUCAAAAAGGCAUUGAGUAAUGCAGGUAAAGUGACAACAAAUUCAUACUCACAAGGAAUAAGAUUUCUUGCAGAGAUCACAGGGAAAGCAGGAAGCAAUAACACAAAGAAGGAAUCAACAAUGCAAAACCAAGACAAUAGCUUUCAGAAGAGAAAAUCAUCUAGUUUGAACACAGAUUCGUCUGAAGUUAUCAGAAACCAACAACUAAAUGCAAAAAGAAAUAAAACUGGAAAGGAGCAAACUUCGACAGACAAAACCAAGCAGGGAACAGGAAAGAUGAUUGAAUUAGAUUUUGUUAGCUCAGAUGAAGAAAUAUGAGCCUUAAUGCCCUUGGUCCUAUUGCCUUGCCAAUAGUGAACUUUUUGACCAUGUAAUACUGCAAGGCUGUAAAAAUUUGUAUUUACAGUCCUGUCUGAUAUAACCUUGGGUGACACUUACACUUAUUAGAAGAUACAACUUAAUGGAGCCAGUGUCUCUUCCCAAAUUGGAACCAGCCAGGCAUGUUGUUCACACUCCCCCUAAAAGGUACUGAUUUUCCAAGAUAAACCAAUCUGAGGGAUGGUAAGAGCUAUCUGAUUCAGUCACCAGUACAAACAAAAAAUUGCGAAGGUUUAUAUUUGAAAGUCACUAUACUAAAUUAUUCUUGUGAGUGAGGAAGUUAUUUGCUGUAGUGUUGGACAAAUAAUGUUCUAGUUGGACUCAAACAUUCAGGGCAUACUAUACUUGAAAUUGGCAUUGUUUGGUAUGUGCAUUGCUACUGUUUUA